CUUCUUGGUCUUGUUGAGUAACGAGUGGGAGAUGUUGGCAGAGCUGGGAACAGAUCUGAUUCUUAUCCCUCCUCUCAGUAGCCAGAGGACACGGUUAAUUAUUAAAUUGCUUGUUAACGUAUUGAAAUAUCACUCGGGAUUUUAAUUUCCUUUUGUUGUUGUUGUCUCUCCUUUGCCUCAGGGCGCUCCCAGGAGCUGAUGGAUGUGUGGUAGCUGGCUCUGGAGGGGCUGGAAGGAGCAUGGUUAAACACCAACCCCUGCAGUACUACGAGCCCCAGCUAUGUCUGUCCUGUCUGACCGGGAUCUACGGCUGCCGCUGGAAACGGUACCAGCGGUCACAUGAUGACACCACCAAGUGGGAGCGCCUCUGGUUCCUCAUCCUCACCUCAUCCUUCUUCCUCACCCUGGUCUGGUUUUACUUCUGGUGGGAAGUUCACAAUGACUACAAUGAAAUCAACUGGUUUUUAUAUAACCGAAUGGGAUAUUGGAGUGACUGGUCCAUUCCAAUCCUUGUAACAACUGCUGCUGGCUUUACCUACAUUACAAUGUUACUGAUCCUGGCACUGUGUCACAUAGCUGUGGGACAGCAGAUGAACCUGCACUGGCUGCACAAGAUUGGCCUGGUGACAACCUUAAUAACUACUGUGGUGACCAUGUCAUCAAUAGCACAGCUUUGGGAUGAUGAGUGGGAGAUGGUAUUUAUUUCAUUGCAGGCCACAGCCCCUUUCUUGCAUAUAGGAGCCCUGGCAGCUGUCACAGCACUGUCGUGGUUGGUGGCGGGGCAGUUUGCACGGACAGAGAAAGCCACUUCCCAGAUGCUGAUGUUCUCUGCAUACCUGGCAGUUGUAGUUGCACUUUACCUCGUCCCCCUGGCCAUCUCCUCCCCCUGCAUCAUGGAGAAGAGGGCCCUGGGACCCAAGCCAGCCAUCCUGGGGCACCGUGGGGCACCGAUGCUGGCACCAGAAAACACUCUGAUGUCCUUCCAGAAGGCAGUGGAGCAGAAGGUGUAUGGAGUCCAGGCUGAUGUGGUGCUGAGCUAUGAUGGGGUGCCCUUUCUGAUGCAUGACAAGACUCUCAGGAGAACAACAAACGUGGAGGAGGUGUUUCCAGAGCGGGCCUACGAGCACUCCUCCAUGUUCAACUGGACUGACCUGGAAAAGCUCAAUGCUGGAGAGUGGUUCCUGCAGAAUGACCCUUUCUGGACAGCAGGGGCUCUCUCAAGGGCUGACUACUUGGAGGCUGCCAACCAGUCAGUCUGCAAGCUGGAAGAUAUGCUGGAGGUGAUCAAGGACAACACAUCCCUCAUCCUGAACUUCCAGGACCUGCCAGCAGCUCAUCCCUACUACAGCACCUACAUCAACAUCACCCUGGAAACCAUCCUGGCGUCGGGAAUUCGGCAGCAGGCUGUGAUGUGGCUGCCAGACACAGAGAGGCAGCUGGUCAGACAGGUUGCUCCGGGUUUCCAGCAGACUUCUGGCCUCAAGCUGGACGCAGAGCGCCUGAGGGAGAAGGGCAUCGUGAAGCUCAACCUGCGUUACACCAAGGUCACCAGCGAGGAUGUCAGGGACUACAGCAUGGCCAACCUGAGUGUGAACCUGUACACGGUGAACGAGCCCUGGCUGUUCUCCAUCCUGUGGUGCGCCGGCGUCCCCUCGGUCACCUCCGACAGCUCCCACGUCCUCCAAAAGGUGCCUUUCCCCAUCUGGCUCAUGCCUCCAGACGAGUACCACCUAAUCUGGAUCACAUCUGAUCUCAUUUCAUUUCUCAUAAUUGUAGGAGUUUUUAUAUUCCAGAACUAUCACAUGAUCAGGUGGCGCCUGGGAAGCAUCAGGACCUACAACCCGGAGCAGAUCAUGCUCAGCGCUGCCGUGCGCCGCUCCAGCCAGGACGUCAAGAUCAUGAAGGAGAAGCUGAUCUUCUCAGAGAUCAACAACGGCGUGGAGGCCACGGACGAGCUGUCCUUCUGCUCGGAGAACGGCUUUGCCAACGAGAUGGUGACGCCCACGGACGGCCGGGACACCAAGCUGCGGCUGAGCUGAGGGCUCUGCCCCGCGCUCCGGCAGCGAGAGCCGUGCUCUCCUGCUUCCCUGGGGUGGGGACCUCUGAGGAACUGCUGCUCGGGCA